UAUAUCUCAGCUCAGAAACUACUGAACAGCAAAUGACUGAAAAUCAUUAAGAAUGGAGUUAAAUGCCAUUAUAAAUAAACCUUACUACUAUCUGAAAAGGAUCUCCUUGUCUGAAGACAAAAAAUACUUCAUAAUACCCUUUAAAGGAGAAGAGGUUUCUGUUGGCCGUAGCCUGGAGAGCUCCUUUGUCCUGCCAGAUGUCUCCAUUUCCAGGCAACAUGCUGUUUUUAAGAAAGUCAACUCACACCCUGCAGCUUGGACAGUAAAAAAUGUGAGCAGUUCUGGAACCCUGCUCAAUGGAGUUAUUCUACCUCAAGGAGUGGAUAAACCCCUUCACCUCAAUGACACUGUCCAAUUCGGUGUUGGUGAAAAUAAAUUUCUUUACAAGUUUGCCGUCAAGAUAAUUAGUAGCAAUAGAGCUGCAUCUACUGCAGCCUCAGCUACCAGGGCAGCAACAGAAACGUGUAACCCUAACUUAGCCACUAAUAAGGCAGCUGAAGUCUCAGCUAGUCAUUCAUUGGUGGAAGCUCAUGACCAUUUGGAACUUAGGUUGCAUGACAGUCGAACUGCAUAUGACCGUCUACUCAAAGAGAAAGAAGAGUUAGCUCAGUCCCUACAACAGCAAAAACUUCAAUUGGAGAAAAAAUAUCAAGAUGAGCGGGAUGAGUUGCAACGGCAAGUGAUGGAGGACAAGAAGAAGCAAGAGCUUCAGGAAACACAGGAAAAACUAUCACUACAGCUCCAGCAGAAAGUUGAGCAACUGGAGCAGCGGUUAGCAAAUGAACGUGCAGAGCUGGAAGCACAGAUGAGAAUAGAGCAGCAGAAAAAAGAAGAGCUGCAGUCUCAGCAGGAGAUGGUAUGUAACAAAUUGCUGGAAGAAAAGCGUGCUCUGCAAGAGGCACUAGAGCAAGAACGAGUACGGUUACAAGCACAGAUGCAGGAGCAGGUUACUGAAAAAGUCCAGCUGGUGGAGCAGCAGCUGCAGGAGCAGCUAAAGCAGGUCCAGUCUCGGCUACAGCAGCAAGAAGACGUUGCGUCGUCCCUCUCCAGAGAACUGGAAAAGAAGGCCGAGGCAGAGCAGCGACUACAAACUCUUGAAGAAGAGAAAACGAAACUUGAACAAGAGCUAGAAAAGGCCAAACAAGAUGGCCAGCAGAUCAGUACCCUGCAGUCUGCUCUGGAGCAAAUGGAUCAAGAUAAAGCCACACUCCAGCAAGAGAUGGAAAUGAUGGAGUUUGCGGUAUCAGCGGAAGCCAAAAAGGCUGUUCUUGACACGGUUGAACAAGCUAUGGACUCGGAAAUGCAAUGUCCUAUUUGCAACGAGCUCUUCAUAAAGGCCAUUCUCCUGAACUGUUCACACACAUUCUGCGAGUACUGCAUCAACUCCUGGAAGAAGAACAAACGGGACUGUCCUGCCUGUCGCGCUGCUAUAACAUCUGAAACAAGAUCGCUCGCUAUUGAUAAUUUUAUAGACAAAAUUGUAAACUCGCUUUCUGAAGACAUGAAAAUCAACAGGCUCAAGACCAUUAAGGAUAGAGAGGAUGAGAUCGUGAAGGCAGCGGCUGCGGAGGCGGCUGCCAAGGCGGCAAAGGAGGCAGCACGCAGCGCUCGAGGCCGCGGCCGCAGGGGUCACGCACGUCACCGCGAGGUCCCACCUAUAGGUCGGGGACGGGCAAGAGGUUUACCCGGGACUGGUGACUGGGGCCGCAGAAAUCCAGAAAGAAUUCGUGUUCAAGUAGGAGCAGAAGGUUCAGGUUCUGAAGGUACAGGAAGUGAUCGAUCAGUGGUGAUGAUCUCCGCCCCAAUCAACCCGACAUUCGGCCAUUUUCUUGACAACCGCUCCGCUCAUUUCGGCCGCCCUUAUAACGAAGGCCCUCCGCAACCUCUGCCUGGCUCCAGCAGUCAGUACUCUGCUGAGCUGCGCGCGCAGCAGUCGUUGCUGCAGAGCCUCCUUUCUCUUAUGCCCCGGCGGUGACACACCACCUCUUUUUCUCAACAUCGUAAUAUACUUGCAAAUUUUUUCUCAACAUCGUAAUUGUCUUACGACCCUUAUUCUGAAAAUUGGAACAGAAUUAUGAUUUCUUUUCUCAACAUCGUAAUAAAUUGACAUUUUUCUUAGAAUUGCAACAAAUUACGACCCCUUUUCUCAAAAUCUUCAUAGAAUUACGACUUUUUUAUCUCAGAAUUGAAACAGAAUUACGACCUUUUCCCUCAGCAUCGGAAUGGAAUGCAUCCCGGUCUCGAGACCUGAUACGAAAUAACAUACAGAGCCAUCCACUUUCAGUGGUUUGUAUUGGACUAAACUUCAUUGAAAUAUUGAGUUGUGGAGUCCAUACCUUGUGGGGAGGUAUGGAGAUAAGAUUUUAAAUGCUACAGAAAACUUCGGAAAUGAUAAACCAUAUAACGUCCUGAGUUUUAGUGCCUGUUGAAUUCUAAACGAAGGUGUGAGGAAACAUUUCAAUCAGAACUGUUUACCAUAAGUAAAACAAAGUAUUUACCCAUAAAAUGAAGCUUUUUGCUGCCUGUAAGCCAAGUCUCCGAUUUUAGAAUGCGGACUCGCAACUCAAUCCUUUAAUAAAUCGCAUAAGGUAGAAGAUUUAAUUACAUAUUAUUAAUUAGUAUACAUUUAUUAUAUCACUGUCAGUUGUGGCUGUGACUUACAAUCCAUUAUGCUUAAUCGUACUAUGGCUAUCCCACUUCAAAUCGUGUGUGAAAUGACUAUACGAAUGGUGAUAGGGAACUGCAUGCCUUCUGUAAUGUGUGAACGUGAUGCUUUUUAGCGUUACGUGGUUUUUAAGUAUCCUGAAAGUUCUUGUAAUAUCAAUUAUUACGCAAGAACAGUGGAAUUGAACUUAUGGAGCUUGCGUUUCCUUCUACUUUGUUUAAUGUUCAUUCUGCUGUAACGUUUGUAGCCCGUUUGCUGCAUUAAUUUUAAGUCGUUUGGAAGGAUGUAGUAUGUGAUCAGGAUAAAGCUCGAUUUUCUUUUUUAUUAAUUAAUGGCUUGGUUCAUCUUAUAAUAAGUGCCUGUUCGUUCAAUCAAAUUGAGUCAGAACUUAAUAUAGUUUAUGUUCGUAAAACAUUACAAUUCUUAAGUGAGGUGCAAGUACAAAUGUUUAAAACUGAAAGUAUGUAUUAUAUAUCCGUCGUUUGCUUGGAAUAAAAAGAUUUUUGAAA